CGGAACUCCUAGCUCAUUGUUUCUCUCUCUAAAAUUCCCCACACCGAUGUCCAUUUUCUCUCUCUAAAACUCUACUGUAUCCGUGCGCUAAACCCUAGAAACUCCCCAAUCCCGCCGUAAUCAGCCGCCGGAUCUGAGCUCUGUCAUGCACGCCUCCGGUGAUCUGAGCUGAUUUCUCGCCGGACCGGUCUGUUUGCUUCCGAUCGCGGGUUCGUUGUUCGGUUGGCGUCGGCGGAGAAAAAUGUAUAAGAACCAGCUGCAGGAACUGGCGCAGAGGAGCUGCUUCAACUUGCCGUCGUAUAGUUGCAUCAGGGAAGGUCCGGACCACGCGCCGCGGUUCAAGGCGACGGUGAAUUUCAACGGCGAGACUUUCGAGAGCCCCCAGUACUGCACCACCCUCCGCCAGGCGGAGCACUCCGCGGCAGAGGUGGCGCUCAAUGCUCUUGCCAACCGCGGAUCUUCCAAUUCGCUUGCUGCCAGGAUAUUGGAUGAGACAGGAGUGUACAAGAAUCUCCUGCAAGAAGUUUCUCAAAGAGUAGGAGCAUCUCUGCCGGUGUACACAACAUUCAGAUCAGGCCUAGGACACCUACCUGUCUUUACUGGUACUGUGGAGUUGGCGGGCGUUAUAUUUAGGGGAGAGCCUGCUAAAAAUAAAAAGCAAGCUGAAAAAAAUGCAGCUAUGUCAGCUUGGUCAUCCCUAAAAUUAUUGGCACAACAAUCGGAGAGUUCAAUGCCGCCAGAUAAAGGGAGAAAUGAUGAGCAAGAACAUGUAACUGUAGCACGAGCUCUGCACAAAUUUCUGAUCAAGGCAAAGUUGGCCAGAAUACCAUUUCCCAUAAACUUUUCAGCCCCAACUCCAAGACCCUCAAAUAAUACACAGCAAGUUACAGCCACCACCUCCAAAAUACUUCCCCUGAUAUGCCCAAGAACAGCCACCCACAACCGACCUCUCAGUCCGGGAUGUCUAAGACCUACUACUGCCCAGACCAGACCUAAUCUGGCUGAGAAGUUUCCGGCCGCCAGUGCUGCCCCUUACAUCCCAAUUCGGCAUUUUGGCCCCCACCAUAGGGUUGCACCUCCAGUGACGAUACGGAGUGCCAUUCCCGUAUUCUCCGCACCACCGCUGCCUCAGUCUCCAAAAGUAGUAGGGCCCGCAACGCCAGGAAUGGCUCCAUCUGUCUCUAUAAGACAUGUUGCACCUGUUAAUGCUACCCCUCCCCCUGUUCGUGCAGAGGAGUUAUCAAACGCGAAGGAGCUGUCAUCUUCUAAAGCUCUGCCAGACAACUCCCCGGAAAUUCGUGUUCAUCACCAACAACCUAAACCUGCAUCAGAGAGAGCAGAGGAACCUCCUAGUAACCUUGGAACAGUCUCAGAGGAAAAACAGGUUGCUGUGAAGGAGGAGAAGCAGCAGCAGGAGGAGAAGCAGGAAAUUGAGGAGUUGAAACAGCUAAAAAUCUAAUGUCAGCCAAAGAGUUUCAGGAAACAUUCCAACAGCCCCAUGUGCUGCUGUUGGGUGCCACAACUGUAUGUGUGGCCUUGUUGUAGUUUUAUUUUAUUCUCAGUUUGUUUUUUUUGUCUUUCAAAAUACUGUUGUUCUUUUAAGUAGAGUUUAAGUAGCUAUCUUAAAAAAAAAGUGCUUGAAACGUUUGGAAUGGGUACUAGGUGUGCUUCUGUGUUGUUGUGAGAGGUGAAUGCCUUCUGGGUGGGAGGCUAAGGCAGUGGGUGUUAGCUCAUAUUGUCAAUGUUAUAGAAACCGAUUCAACCAGAAGCUCGGGUGUUUGGUUCUA